UUUUGUUUUAUUUUUUUUUUUUGAGUUUUUUUUAUUAUUUUCCCUACCCCAUUACCUCCAUAUUUUAUUAUUUCUUCAGUUUUUCUUAGAUCUCUGCACACGGAGAAAUGGAACCAGUAUUUUAAAACCGAUGGAGUAUUAGGAAUGUUUGUAGCAACCGUAUUUACUAAGUAAUUUUUUUUUAUUUUUUUUUUUUAUUUUUUUUUUUUUAAGAACUCAUCCAAAUACUACGAAUAAUUUAUUUCGUACAGUCAAAAUGAGAUUUCCCACCCAUUUUACACCGAAGGCUGUCAAAGACUCAAAAGCAACAAAGUGGAGUAGGAGACCCAAGAUUGCGAGAAACUCAGGGAUGAUGAUGAUGAUGAUGAUUCCUUCUAAAGCUUCUGCUUUCUUCUUUAAUGCCGGUAUUUCUCUUUCCCCUUCUUUUCUUUCCCAUUUUCGACUUUUCUCUUCUUUCCAAAAUCGUCAGUUGUUUCUAACUUCAAUUACUCAACAAUCCAAAUUAGGGUUUUCCGAUCUUAAAACCCCCCUUUUUCUAUAUAAUCAAAUGAUUAAUUUGCGCCCUCUUCCUUCUGUCAUGUAUUUCAAUCAGUUAUUUACUGCUAUUGUUAAAUUGAAGCGCUUUAAUCCACAUUCCACCAUUAUCUCUCUCUUCCGGCAGCUUGAAUUGUUUGGUAUUAAACCCAAUAUGCAUUCCAUUGGUAUUCUUGCCAAUUGCUACUGUCAUCUGGGCAGAAUUGAUUUCGGCUUUUCUCUACUUGGUAAAAUCAUUAAGCUUGGUCAUCCCCUUGAUUCUGUCAUUUUUAACACCUUAAUUAAUGGCAAUAUUCACUCUGAUAAGCUUCCCCAAGCUGCUCAUUUGUUGAAUCAAAUUCUCAAGCUUGGUUUCCAACCCAACUUAAUUACGUAUAGUACUAUUGUCAAAGGACUUUGUAGGAUUGGCGACAAUGUGUCUGCUCUCACUUUGCUCAACAAAAUGCAAUCUCGAUCUCAUUUUAAGCCUGACAUUGUUAUAUACAGCACUAUCAUCGAUAGUCUUUGUAAGGACAGGUUGUUACAACAGGCCCUGGACCUGUUCUCCUCCAUGAAAACUCAGGGCAUUAAACCCGAUGUUGUCACUUUUACUUCCUUGGUUCGAGGCCUCUACAAUUCCGGUUGUGGGGAUGAGGCUAAGCGUGUGCUGACCGAGAUGUUAGACAGCAACAUAGCACCAAAUGUUCAGACCUACAGCAUGCUGGUUGACAUGUUUUGUAAAGAUGGUUGUGUUGAUCAAGCUCAGUCCAUUCUAAAGCACAUGAUUGAGAAAGGUGUGACUCCUGACAUCAUUACUUAUACUGCCUUACUGGAUGGAUAUUGUCUGCGUGGUCAGAUGGAAGAUGCAGAGAACCUACUUGAUCUCAUAACAAAAAAUGGCUGUGAGCCUGACCUUUUCAGUUACAACACUAUGAUUAAUGGAUAUUGCAAGGCUAAAAACAUUGACAAGGCCCUUAACAUUUUCCAAGAGAUGUUUCGGAAAGAUAUCACACCUAAUGUUGUUACCUAUAGCACUCUUAUUGAUGGACUGUGCAAAGCCAAUAGAAUCCUAAAUGCACGUAAAUUGUUCAAGGAAAUGCUAGCUGCCGGAGUUACUCCAAAUGUUGUCACCUAUGCCUCCUUGCUUGACAGCCUUUGCAAAAGUGCGCAACUUGAUGAGGCAGUGAAAUUGCUUGAAGAAAUGGAGGAUAAUGGUGUUAAGCCAAAUGUUGUCAUCUACAAUAUCCUAAUAGACAACUUGUGUGAGGCUGGACAACUUGAAGAUGCAGCAAAGUUCUUUUCAGAUCUUGUAACAAAAGGUCUGCAACCUAAUGUUAAAACAUACAAUAUAAUGGUCAAAGCCUUCUGCAAGAAAGGGCUCAUGAGUGAAGCUGUUCAACUUCUCACUAAUAUGGAAGAAAAGAGCUGCUUUCCAGAUGGUAUAACCUAUAACACGGUUAUAAAAGGAUUUAUUCAACACAAUGACUUUCCAAAUGCCUUACACUAUCGAGAUAUUAUGGUUAGCAACGGAUUUGAAGCUGACGCCGACACAUUCUCGUUGUUCACCGGCCUUUUGUUUCGUGAUAAGGAGUUGCUGCGAAAGUUCAUCAAUUGAGUUGAAUUUGAGAUGGUUUCAAUACUUACAACCAUGAGAUUUUGGAAAAAUUUGUGCAUCAGGUAUGUGGCUGUUCUACAGUUGACCAUUACUUUUGUAUCACUUGAAAGUAAUAAAAAUUAUAAGAAGCUUCAUCUUGAUUUUAAUAUUCUUUGUACCAACUGUAUUGUUCUCUUUUCAUUAUAUAUAGUUUGAGGCCUUUAAACUUUAUGGCUUUGUUGGCAAUUAUCCUCAAAAUUGACAUUCUCUCAUUUGCCUUCUGUCCUAUGAAGUGUAUAAUCUCAGCUACGAUGGGUUUUUAACCACAUUACCCAUCAUUUUAACUCUCUUGCAGAUGGAUGAAAGCUUUAUGUAUGUAACCCCUGAAUUGAAAUUCAAUCCUCUCUUCGUCCCUUAAUACAAAGCCUCUUUCUAGCAUUUAUUAUUCACAUAAUAAUUGGAAAGAGACUUCUAAUUUAGGGAUGGAGGGAGUAUUACUUAUAUUAUUGAUAGUUUGAUACUCUCAGCUGGAAAUUUUCUUUGUUGUGUGGAUAUCUUUAGGAAUAUUAUUGAUGGUUUGAUAGUUAAUGAUAUUGCAGAGUAUGAAAGCUAUAACUUGUUAAUGGAAAUUGAUGACUCCAUCUUGUUGUUUCCCUUGUUGUUUCGUUUAUAUUCCUACUUAGUUUUAUAUUGGAUGAUGGAAGUCAAAAUGAAUAGUCAAUGUUUAUUUAAUAUGCUAAUAUGUUUAGUUUAUUUAUCUUAGCUUAUUUUAUGAUU